GGUGGAGCCCGGGUGGCAGCGGGUGGUGCAGGUGGAUCUGGAGAUGGAUGCGAUCGUGGACUCCGUGGGCAGUGGUCUGAUCUCCUGGAUGGUGGAGUAUCCGGGCAUCAGAGCGACGUCUGACGAAACCGAGACUAAAAUCCACAUCGUCCAGAGAGAGCUGUCCGGCAUCGUCCCUCUCGCCAUGGACACGGAGAUCCUGAACACCGCCGUGUUGAACGGGAGAACGGUGGCCGUGCCGGUGAAGGUGGUGACGGUGACGGUGGACGGAACGAUCACGGACAUCUCGGACAUGGUGCGGUGCAGAUCCACAGACGAGGACGUGGUCAAGGUGGCAGACAGGUGCGACUACGUGUACGUAAACGGUAAGGAGAUGAGGGGACGAGUGCGGAUGCUGGUGAACUUCACCUACAGCUUUGCUACGGCUCAGCUGGAGAUGAACGUGUGGAUCCCGCGCCUGCCGCUCCACAUCGAGGCGUCGGACACGGAGCUGAGCCCGAUUAAAAGCUGGAGGGUCCCCACGACGCCCAACACGCCAAGGUCGAUGCGAGACAGUGAUGAUGAGGAUGAUGAGGAGCGGAGAGGAAGGACCUGCACCCUGCAGUAUCAGAGAGCCAUCAUACGUAUUCUCACUCACUUCGUCGCCGAAUCCGCAGAGGUCCGAGGUCAGCUGACCUACAUGCUGGGCUCUGAUUGGCAGCUGGACAUCACAGGGCUGGUGUGGGACUUCCUGAAAGUGGAGGAUCCUCGAAUCGCACGCUUACAAGAUGGCCGCCUGCUGGAGGGCGUGGGCACGGGCAUGACCAGCAUCCAGGUCCUCUCUCCGCUCUCGGACUCGAUCCUGGCCGAGAAGUCGGUGUCUGUUGUGGACGAGCGAGUCAGCAUCACUGAACUGGGCCUGCAGUUGGUCAGCGGCCUCACGCUCCGCCUACAGCUCAGCACAGGAAGUAACCAAGCCAUCAGCGCCACGGCAACCACACAGGAAGUGCUCAACAUGCCCAAACAGGAGGCGCUGAUCAGUGCUUGGCUCCAGUUCAGCGAUGGCUCCAUGGCCCCUCUGGACCUUUACGACCCGGAUCACUUCGUGCUGACGGUGAUCUCUCUGGACGAAGAGGUGGUGAGCGUGAAUCAGGACGCGACCGGGCGCUGGCCCAUAGUCACGGGUCAGGCCGAGGGUCAGGGCCCACUGCUGCGCGUCGAGAUGAGCGUCCACGAGUCGUGUCAGAAACUCAAACCCCGCCGCAGCGUGCUCGCCGCCGGAAACUGCCACGUCCGGGUGAAAUACGGCCACACAGAGAGCGUCUCGCAACCUGAAUACGGAGACGACAACGAGAACCACCGGCAGAAUCUGAACUUACCGGACCGGACCGGAAUGGAUGGCCAUUACUUCUACAGCUCCAUUUCCAACAUGGACGCCGAUGGAGCAAUGAGACGAAUCACCACCACGACCAAGACAGAAAUCAUCCGGAGAACCGGCGGAGAAAAACUCUCAAACGACGGCAGCCAGAUUUCCAACGUCCCUGUCGAUUUCUCCGAUUUCCCUGCCCAAGUAGACCUUCCUCGAGGACACAGCGUCUACGACGACGACCUGCUCCAGACCACCCGAGGACUCUCGGACCUGGAAAUCGGGAUGUACGCCCUGUUAGGAGUCUUCUGCCUGGCGAUCUUGGUCUUUCUUAUUAACUGCAUUUCCUACGCGCUGAAAUAUCGCCAUAAGGAGAUGAGCAUCGAGGGUCAGGAGAGUCUGAACCACGCACAUGACUGGGUGUGGCUGGGAAAUGAGGCGGAGCUUCUGGAGAGUCACGUGAGCCUGUCGCCGCAAACAGACGAGCAGAUCACGAUCCUGGAUUCCAGCAUCGGUGCGCUGGAGGAAGGAAGCCUUCUGCUCAACGGCGGCUCGCUACAGAAGAACAGUCACGAGCGGCAGGAGCACCGAGGGGCCGAGAACAACGGCGGGAAAGACGCCAAAGGGGACUCGCCCACCACCAAGAGGAAGAGAGUCAAAUUCACCACGUUCACCACUAUUCCCGCCAGCGAGACUCCCGGAGACGAGCCGGACGAGGAAAUAAAGUGGGUGUGUCAGGAAGUGGACAUGCGAGAGUCCAAAGAGCUGCAGAACUACAUGGAGCGGCUAAACGACAGUGUUUUAAAAGACGUGGCGUAGUCGGCGACGUGACGGCACGUGUUAAACAGCAGAACUCACCCUUAUGCCUUCUUCAUAGAGCCAGGAUUCAGUCACGGAAACAUCACACGCUCUCGGAGGACCCCGGGGAAAAAAAACAACCAACCCAUGGGAUAUAACAUUCGUGCGUAUGUUGAACUCUCGGAUCAACACGGCAGCUGUCAAAGGACUUGCUACCUGACGUCACGGUACUCGUAGCGAAAGAGUUUUUAAAUCAACGGACACAAAACUCCAUUUAUCUUCAUUUAUUGUCCUUCAUUUUGUUCCUCUUCAUUUAUACACGAAUUUAUUCUAGCGCCUUUUCUAGAUAAAAAAAAAAGAGAGAGAGAAAAGAAAUGAAAGCGUUGCGAAGCUUGCAGAUGCUCCACACACACACACACACACACACACACACACACACACACACACACACCAAUGAGUGUACUAUUGAUGCAUAUUGUUUCACUGUAAAUAAAGUGCACAUAGAAUUGUUUUGACAGAUCGGAUGUCCUCGUUCCUUCCGGUGACCUCGUGCGAUCCGUCCGAGCUCGCGAUGUUCUCCACGAGCCCAAACGCACACCUGGCGCCCGAGGCGUUAAGAGUGUUUCUGCGUAUAAAAUAUAAACACUAUAUUCACUUCAUCUUCCACCUCAGCGCACUAAAUUAUUCCAUUUUUCCCCCCCGUGCCCUGUUUAAACCCGAUUUUAUUCCCCAAAUCUUCGGUAUGCAAAAGCUUCAAUUGCUGGAAGCAUCCGAGUCAAGCUGUUCCCAGCCAGAUAGCGCAGAAAAAAAAAAAAAAGAAAAAAAUCAUCUCUGCUCUAAUUUAAUCAUUUGUGACCGGAACAAUUUUCAUAAUGCAGAAGAGAAAAAAGAAAAAACGGGCAAAAAAAUAAAUAAAUAAAUAAAAAAUAUCCAAAGCUAAUUUAAAUCAAUUACAAAUCCAGCAUCAUUAGAGCGAAAACAGCAGGAGGCUGAGCUGAGUUACACAAGGACGAGCCAAAAAUUACGACCGUGCGUUUGGAGCCUACGAAGAGAUGAGAAGAGGUGGAAAACAACCUGCUGUCUGCGUCCCUUCGCACAGACUGGCCGGUUCUCCAGUUCCCGCGCGGGACAACGAGGUCUGACGUUUCUGCGCGGAAUCCGACUGCAUUACUACGAACCCACGAGCAAAAUAUCACCCGUGACUUUCAUUUUUUACCUUCAAAGUCUUAAUCUGGCAACCUAGAGCAUCACGUGAGUCCGAGUUUCAU